GCCAACACAGGGACAGCUGGCCAGAUCCACUGCGUGAGAUGGAAAUCCUGAAAAACGAAACCAUUCCAGCUUUCAGCGCGCAGCUGACCCAGCUCAUGCAGCAAGUAAAUCAGGCUGACGCGCAGAUCAAGUCCAUUCAGGAGGACAGCAGAAUUGCACGGCUCGAAAAACAAGAAUUAACACAGCGCCUAGACAGAUGUAGUUCCGACUCCAGCACGUCCUCCGACGCCGUGCGUAGACUUCAAGCCGAUCUGGCAAAAGUUGAGCAGUCUCUUGACAGUCCUGAACGGAAUUUUUGUCCUCAUGAAAGAAAGCCUCAAACCAAAGUUGGCAUUCUGGGCGUUAAAGGCCAGCACGACGUUCUCUACGCGCAAGACAAACUCUGUUCUGUUGAUGGAAAAACCUGCCUGCUUGUCCAUCCUACCGGGAAUUUGAUAGUGUACGACACAGCCACGUACCGGGUGAAGUGGGAGUCAGGGACAUAUCGCGGACUGUGUGACGUGCAGCUGAUUAUGCAAAGCGAUGGAAAUUUGGUUCUGUAUGAGAAACACUCCGACUUUGCUUACUGGCACUCGAACACUUCUGGGGAACGGAUACUGACAUUUACGGAUAAUGGAAAACUUUGUGUGAGAACUCCAAACAGCCACUCUUGCGCCUGGUCGACAUAA